CUCUUGUCGCAAUGCCAGCGUCACACGCCAUUGCCAAUUCGUUGCAUUUGAUGUCAGCCGGAUUAUCUCCGUGAAUUAUUGGCCCUGGAAGUAAGGAGGCAGCCCUUCAGGCGGCGGCGGGUUCUCCCGCGUGAAGUAGGCUGGCUGACUCCCCUUCGGCUUGUGUGGCUCCGCCUGCGGCUUCUUCGCCGGUGGUCCGCCUGGCCCCUCGUGAACCACAUGCUGUGGAACACCUGGUUGCUGCUGCACCACACGCUGGAACGGCAGUGGUUCGUUUUUCUUGACCUGCGUGUAGACGACAUCUGGCGGCAGAAGGUCCAACUCCGACUUGAUUUUGUCGCUGGCCUCGCAGCGGAACUCCCAGGGCUUGAAAGCGUCGUCGGGGCGGCUCUCAGGCACCAGGUCCUUGCGCAUCAUGUAGCUGUACAGUGUGAAGUCCUUCUUGAGGCACCUACACGCGAAAGAGAAACAAACAACGUUGAUUGACGAUGCAAUCGCUUUUCCACAACAUCUAUUACCGCCUGCCAUCACAGAUACUGGGCCACCCGCACCCCAGGCUCCUCAGGUGAGACACUACCUUGCCCCUCACGUCGUCCAUCCAGUAAGUGUCCCCCCGCUUGCCACAGGGGUCAUCACACACCAGAGGGUCAUUGCAGGGCGGGUCUCCUUCAGCCCCGCACAGGCUGAGAUACUUGCCACCACGCUUCUCCUUCUUGUCCUUUGCGGGUUCUUCUUUCUUCUUCGCCGGCACCCCCAUGUCGAUUGUGUAUGCGACGCCGCCUUUUGUCUUCUUGAGUAGAGGAGGCGGCUUCUGUCGUGUCUCGUCAUCAUAGAGGGCAUCUUCAAUGUUGACCAGCUUCGUGGCGGGGUACCUCGGGAUAGCGAGGAGGCAUCGCGGCGACAGGUCGCCGCUGUAGAAGCUUACUCGGGGAUCCGCCUCAUCGCUUGGGUCCUGCAGGCCAACAAUAUCUCCGAAUCGACCGACAUGGGUGAUCUCGUGACUCACCUCCACGUUGUCCUGGAAGCGGUACGCGAGGGGUUUCAGGAAGCUGAGCAGAGUCAAGCCCCUCUUCAGACAUCGAGGGCGACAGAAAGGCUCGCUGGCCGUCCGGCCGUCCAGUGUCAUCCGAAGCCCCUCCUCCUUUAAGUCACAGCCCACGAUGUUGAGCUUGGGCAGCAGGCCGUCAGGGUCAUUGCUGGGUGCGCAUGGACUCCCACAUGUACAUUGAGGAGGACUGCAUGUGUGCACAUUGCAGUCCGUCCAGACGUGACAGGGCCAGAACGGGCCAGCCUUUCCACGAGAAUCUGCGAAAACCACCGAAGAAGGGGUCCGCGUGCGUCAUAUCGACGUUUUGGUGCUCUUUACCGGCGAAGGCAUGGGAGGAGAGAGAAGUAGUGGCAUUUUGGAGCGAGCAUGACCCAUCUUCUGUACCUGCACCAUUGCAAAUGCAUCUUUUUCUGUUGUGGCGGGUCCGAGUCGUCCUUCGUUUGCUGACCUUCUUUCGAGGAGCACUGACCACCUUUAAAAUGUAGAGAGGAGCUGACAUUCAGUGCAAAAAAUGAGGGCAGUGCGCACAGGCACAGAGCGAUGAACAGCGGACGUCCCAUCGUUGCCGGCUC